AUGAGCAUUUUAUACAGUUACGGCUUCACAUUUGGCGACGUCAAAAAAUUGUUAUCCGGUGAUCAAAGAAGAUACUGCCGUAACCUGUACGCGCAAUUACAAAACGUACUAAAAUCGCAAUAUUUCACCAAAUUAUUUGAGGAAUGUGACAACUUCAUUUGGACUAUCAGACAACCCUUCUCCUACCUUGUCCUUACCCUCUGGCUCCUCUCUUUCCUGUACCUCAUCCACAUCAUGGUCAUCCGCCUAGACCUCCUCCACAUCAAAUCGCAUCUACAUAGUCCCUCGAGUCAUAGGAUUGCUGCUCAAUCACUACUCGCCGCUGCACGUGUUAACAAGCUUAACAGAGUGUUUUACCUGCAGCCAUAA